AUGCAUCAGUACCAAAGAGAUUCAGUCUCCGUUAACGAGAUCCUGCCUACCGACAAGGACCCAUUAUUAUCACCUGUUCAGGCGUCAGCAGACUCUCCGAGAUUGUCAAGUGCAGCUCACAAAGCUGUGACUGAAUUGUCAGCGACAUCAGCAGCAUUCUUGGUUGCAGAGACACCCGUACAUUCAUCACACCGACUUCCAGCAUUCGUUCUGACUCCGCUAACACCAACAUGUAAAAGGAAACAUGAUCUGUUGGACUGCGAUCCUGAAUCGGAGAAGGAACGGAUGGACCAAGAGGCACUAAGGGAUGCAUACAGACGUGAGUCCAAAUACAAAAGUGCGCUCCUUGGGAUGCAGUCAACAGUAGUCCCACAAUCAAUGUUCUGCGACCGCUUAUCUAAUCAGCUUGCAGCACAAGAGGAGAAGAAAAACGGCAAGAAAAAUGCACCAUUGGUGGGUGAUGGGAUACCAAGGUUACUCACUGGUGAUGAGUUCUACAAUCAAGUAUCUGAGCAUCGAAGAGCAGUAGAGGAGGAAGCAGCGGCAAAGGAAGUUCGUCAGAUCGAAAGGGAGGGGAGAGCAGCAGCCAUGGCAGUAUGGAAGGAAGCGGAGGCAGCACGGCUGAAGAGAAACAAGGAACGUCGAGCCACAUACAAAGAAGAAGUGAGGUUGUGGGAGGAGGAGAGAGAUUGUGCCAAGGUCGAGAAGCGUCGACCAAGGUGGACAAAACCAAAACAGGGCAAAUUAGAGUCGCCAAUACCUAAACCGACUCUUGACGAUGUUGAAGAAGACGACGAACGUGGUGUGAACGAAGACGAGGACAUUGACGGCAAUGAUUCUGAUGGUGGGAGCUCAGAGGUUUGA